ACUCUGCUGGCACCUACCAUGGGGACAGUGACCUGCAGCAGGAACGCAUCAAUGUGUACUACAACGAGGCCAGCGGUGGCAGGUACAUGGCCCGUGGUGUGCUUGUGGAUCUGGAGCCGGGCACCAUGGACUCUGUGCGCUCAGGGCUCUUCGGGCAGAUCUUCAGGCCAGACAACUUCAUCUUUGGUCAGUGUGGGGCUGGGAACAACUGGGCCAAGGGGUACUACACAGAAGGCGCGGAGCUAAUGGAGUCGGUGAUGGAUGUUGUGAGAAAAGAAGCUGAGAGCUGUGAUUGCCUGCAGGGUUUCCAGCUGACCCACUCCCUGGGUGGGGGAAGUGGGUCUGGGAUGGGUACCCUUCUCAUGGGCAAAAUCCGGGAGGAGUACCCAGACAGGAUCAUAAACACAUUCAGCGUCCUGCCCUCGCCCAAGGUGUCAGACACCGUGGUGGAGCCCUACAAUGCCACCCUCUCCAUCCACCAGCUCAUAGAAAAUGCAGACGAGAUGUUCUGCAUUGAUAAUGAAGCGCUCUAUAACAUCUGUUCCGGGGCCUUAAAACUGACCACCCCCACCUAUGGUGACCUGAAUCACCUGGUGUCUGCUACCAUGAGUGGGGUCACCACGUGCCUGCGCUUCCCGGGCCAGCUGAAUGCCAACCUGCGGAAGCUGGCUGUGAACAUGGUUCCAUUUCCCCGGCUGCACUUCUUCAUGCCCGGCUUUGCCCCACUGACCAGCCGGGGCAGCCAGCAGUACCGGGCCCUGACUGUGACUGAGCUCACUCAGCAACUCUUUGAUGCUAAGAAUAUGAUGGCUGCCUGUGACCUCUGUCAUGGCAGCUACCUAACCGUGGCUGCCAUUUUUAGAGGUCGCAUGUCCAUGAGGGAGGUGGAUGAGCAAAUGUUCAACAUUCAGAAUAAGAACAGCAGCUACUUUGCUGAAUGGCUCCCUCACAACGUGGAAACAGCCAUCUGUGACAUCCCACCCCGGGGGCUAAAAAUGUCAGCCACCUUCAUUGGUAACAACACAGCGAUCCAAGAGCUCUUCAAAUGCAUCUCCGAACAGUUUACCUCUAUGUUCAGGUGCAAGGCCUUCCUGCACUUGUACACGGGCAAGGGAAUGGAUGAGAUGGAGUUCACCGAGGCCGAGAGCAACCUUAAUGACCUGGUGUCAGAAUACCAGCAAUGUCAAGAUGCCACAGCUGAGGAGGAGGAGUUUGAGGAGUGUGCUGAGGAGGAGGAGGUAGCCUAGAAGCUUCCUUUUCUAGGUAAAGUGGGGAAGCAGUGUAGAUUCUUUAGUGUGUUCUGAUAACCAUUGUCAUUACACACUUCUUUGAGUCUUUACAUCUCCUCCUGCUGCAUUUUAAAGCACUUUCAUAGUAAGUAGUUUGACCUAAUAAAACAUUUCU